UUGUUUUACUUGCCGAGAAAAAAUCCCAAAAGGAAAGCAUUUGAUGCCAGAAACCAUGUUCUUUUAUAUAGUGCAAGUGAGCUACAGGAAGCAGGAAUAAAGUUGAAGGCAAGCACAAGCAAGUGCUUACUAGACUUGCAAUUUUCUGGACAUACUCUUGAGAUCCCAAAAUUUUUGGUGGAAGAUUCAACAGAAAAGUUGUUUCGUAAUAUGAUAGCUCUCGAGCAAUGUCAUUGUCCCCGUGAAUCUUACAUUACUGACUAUGCUAUGGUGUUGGAUUGCCUGAUCAACACCCAUAAAGAUGUGGAUGUCCUUGUUCAUAAGAAAAUAGUCGCCAACUAUGUAGGUGACACCAAUGAUGUUGCUGCAGUGGUUAAUGGUCUCUCGAAAAAUGUCGUUCAUGAGAAUUUCAAUUUUGAAUACCUUGAUACUUGUCUAAGGUUGAAUGAAUUUUGUGAAUAUUGGUGGUAAAAGAAGAAGAUGGCAUUGAGACGCGAUUAUUGUCGUACGCCAUGGCAAAUUGUUGUCUCCAUUGCUGGAAUCAGGCUCCUCAUUCUCUCCGUUGUUCAGACCAUAUUUUCCAUCCUCCAAGUAGUGAAUAAGUAGAUUUCAAAGCAUUUAUCUUGCUGAUAUUUGCGUUUUCUAUUUUAUUGUCCAAGUUUGUUAUGAAUGCUGUGAAAUAUUUCAAACUCCCAAUUUCAAAAGCAUUGUUAUAUAAUGUUCAGCGUUGAAGAUAAGAUUGUAU